AUGCGCUGGAGGACGUGUCCCUUAACGAGGCCGGGCGAGAAGAUGAUCGACAUGUCCGGCGGCGUGUCUGCUCAUCGAGGCUACGAGGUUACGAGGCUACGAGGCGGCGAGGCGGCGACGGCGGAGGCUCUGCUCGGCUCGUCUGCGAGGUCACGAAGCCGGCGAGGGUGGCUGGACCCUGUCGGAUGGCGGGACUCGAGCCUCGGGCCUGUGGGCAGAGGUGAGCGUGUCUUGGUUGAAAGGGAGUCGCGUCGGUCGGCCGGACAGAAGAUGACCCCGCGCGGCUGCCGGACUCGCGGUGAUCUCGACUGGGAAGACUAG